AUGCAAACAUUCUUUCUAUUAGCCUUGCUAUAUUAUCGAAAGAAAAAAAUAACUGGGAUUUGUGCAAGUGCUGCCCAAAUUGCUGGUUCCUUUGUUUGUCCUUAUUUAAUUUAUAAAGCGAUCUCAAGAAAGUUUAUCGACUUUAUUCCUUUUGCACCUGUUGCCUUUACUUGGUGGGUUUUAGCGUUUAAAAAUUAA